AUGGGGAACAGUAUGUCUGCUAGUUUUGCACCUGAGUGCACGGAGUUGAAGAAGACAUAUGACAGUUGUUUCAAUGAAUGGUACAGUGAGAAGUUUUUAAAGGGGAAGUCUGUUGAAAACGAAUGUACCAAAGAAUGGUACGCCUACAUUGGUUGCGUGAAUGAGAAUCUGAAGAAGAAAAGCAUCCAGUCUGCAUUGGACGAUGCUCGUAAAGAAGCACCCUUUGAAAGUGGUGGCGAACUGGUCAAUGCCAAUGCCAAUGCCAAUGCCAACAAGAAAUAG